GACACACGGUCCGCGUGCCGGUAGUUGAGGUUUUUGAAUAAAAUAUUAACGUUUUUUUUUUUUUUUUUAAGAAAAAGAAACUAGGACAAAAGUCUCUCUGGGUCGCCGCAACAGGGACCCCCAUAUUAAAAAAGGGCCAAUCCAAAAGUCGUUUAUCACGCGUCCCACCACACAAACAGUGGUGUCCGUCAGAGAGAAGUUUGAAGCCUUUUCGGAGAGACAGACCUGUGCUUGUUUCGUACUUACCAGGAGGAACGCUAGUAAACGCGCCAAGGACCUGUUGGAAAAUGCAAAAUGCCGAUUCCACCGAAGUCAUCGACCUGGCCAACCACGUUGACUCGACCAGGAGAACCACCGUCGACCAAAGACACCGGAUCAUCGGAGCCGAAGACAGCACGCCGGCCGAUCCGGGCAUUUGCGGAAAAUUCCUAACCGGAUGCGCAUGGGCGCUGGUCGUCGUCACGUUUCCGUUUUCGUUGUUCGUUUGCUUUAAAGUCGUUCAGGAAUACGAGAGAGCCGUUAUAUUCCGACUGGGACGUUUAGUGUCCGGCGGUGCUAAGGGACCCGGGAUGUUUUUCAUAUUGCCUUGCAUUGACAACUACGCUCGAGUCGAUCUCAGAACGCGCACUUACGAUGUGCCACCGCAAGAGGUAUUGACCAAAGACAGUGUGACCGUGUCCGUGGACGCCGUGGUGUACUACCGGGUGUGCAACGCUACCAUAUCCAUCGCUAACGUGGCCAACGCACAUCAGUCCACCAGAUUAUUGGCGCAGACCACACUGAGGAACGUGCUGGGCACCAGACCCUUGCACGAAAUCCUCAGCGACCGGGACGCCAUAUCGAAGACAAUGCAAGCCUCGUUGGACGAAGCUACGGAAUCGUGGGGGAUCAAAGUGGAAAGAGUGGAAAUCAAAGACGUUAGGCUGCCCGUGCAACUCCAAAGGGCCAUGGCGGCCGAGGCCGAAGCCGCUCGAGAAGCCCGAGCUAAGGUGAUCGCUGCCGAAGGAGAACAGAAAGCGUCGAGGGCUCUUCGCGAAGCAUCCGAAGUCAUAAGCGAUUCUCCGGCCGCUUUACAGCUCAGAUACUUACAGACCUUAAACACAAUAUCGGCCGAGAAGAAUUCCACGAUUGUAUUUCCUUUGCCGAUCGACAUCAUCUCUUUCUUCACCAGACCUCGCGAACCGAAACACACUGAAACCGUUUAAUAGCAAACGCUUGAAAUUACAAGUAAAAAAAAAAAUCACUAAAUUGCAUAGACAUUUUUAUUUUUUUUUUAAAUAGAAAACAAAGUUUCCUAACCAAGUUGAAACCCAAGCUAAAGCGAUACCUAUUACUACCGUGUACCUAUUAAACACAUUUUUUGGUCCAACUCAAUUGUUUUCAAUAUGUUUUACUUACUCAGCACUAUAACUAUAUAAUUGAUUAUUUCUUUCUUAUGAAUUAUAUCAUAUUAUGACGGUUUUGUACAAUUAUGUACACGCGCCCAAGUAAUUUCUGUAUAAUAAUCGAAUUAAAAGAAACGAGAAAAACGUUAACUAUAUAAUAUUUAAAUUUAACAAAAAAAUUGCAUUUAAAAACUACAAUAAUUGUUAUUGCAUGCAGAGUUGUGCAUCAUUCGGACAAAUCGUUAUUUAAAUAAUCAUAUCUAGACAACACACUAUUCUAGUAAAAGUUAUUGGAAUAAUAUUUUUAUUCCAAUAAAAAUCAUUGAAAUAGUUUUAAAAUUCAAUUGUUUGAGUACAAAUUUGUGGGAAUCAUUUUUAAAGUGUUAUGUAACAGUUUGUAAGAGUGUUUUUUGUGAAAUAAUGAUUUAAAUAACGUUUUGUUUGAACAAGAAUUUUCACAACUCUGAUUAUACAAUGCACCUUUAAUGGAUAUCUAACGAUAUUGUGUGAAAGCCUACAUUUGUGUUAACUAUAAUGAUAAUAAUAAAUAUUAUAACUCUCUAAUAAUAAUAAUAAUUUGUUAAUGUAUGGCCAAUUUGCUGAAUUUAAUUUUAAACUUGAGAAUUUAACGUGUGCCCGAGAAUUUACUAUUGUUUAAUCUGGUCAAGGGAGGAAUGUGUUUUGAUACAUAAAACACGGCAACUACAGAACUUGCUUUUUAAUUUUAAACAUUGUUAAUGAACAUACUUGACAUUUUCCUUUAUUAGAUUUGCUGACUUCUAACGUGUUUCUAUACAUAUAUCAAACAAACGUUUUUUAACGUUCUCUGUUUUUUCUGUUGAACUAAGAAAAAUUAUAAAUAUUAUAACAGUGAAAAUAUCAAAAAAAAAAAAAACAAUACCAUUUAAAGUAGUUCAUUAAGUUAAUUUAUUUAUAAAUAACAUUUUUAAAGUUGUCAUGUUUUAUAUCACAAUAUAAAAAAAAAAAACCGUAUAAUAUAUUCCUCUCUGUCAAGAAAAUGAUAAAAUUUAAACAAACAGGGAACUAAUGCAUUAUUAUAUUUCAAUGUUACCAACUUUAUAGCUGUGCCAUUACUAACUGUAAUAUUAUAAUAUUAUCUUGGAAAUAAAAUAUGACCUCGAUAGCUUGGCUUAGCUUAGCAGGAUGAUUAUACUUAUCUAGUCAGUCGCCUUUCAUUUAUUAUGUUAAAUAAUAUAUGUUUUUUCUCAACGUUGGCAAAUUUGCCGCCCUCGUAUAUUAAAUUUAAAAUCAAAAUUCUUAUCAUCAAAUUACAACAUAUUAGUUAUUACUGUUUUUUUUUUACCUUUGUCAUAGAAUUGUAAUGUGAAUUGAUUAGACAUUGUUUUUAUGAAACUAUAGUGUACCGGAUGAUAACUGUAGUAAAACCGUUAUAAUUGUAACGUUCACUUCAAUCUUUUAUGUACAGUUGUAAUGAAUUAUGGUAUUAUUAUUAUUAAUUUAGCUACGUUGUUGAGUUUUUUGUGUUAUU